UUCACCAAUACUAAUAAACAAACCUGACAAACAGGGCGUUUCCGACACAGACAGAUUCAGACAAUAUAGGCUGCUCACACAAACAUGUUCUUCCUCUGAAACUCAAACCCUCUCUCUCUCUCUCUCUGUCUCUGGUUUCUUUCUAUUUCUGUUCAACAAUGGCGAAAUCAACUUCAAGCACGGUAACACUGAAGCCUCUCUGGGUCCUACCAUACCGAACCCAGAACAUCAGAGAAGUCUACACGAUAGGCAGAAAGCUCGGUCAAGGUCAAUUCGGGACAACCUUCCUCUGCACACACAAGGUUACAGGUUUAACCUUCGCCUGCAAGACUAUUCCCAAGCGGAAGCUUCUCUGCAAGGAGGACUACGACGAUGUUUGGAGGGAGAUUCAGAUAAUGCACCAUUUAUCCGAGCAUGCCCAUGUGGUGAGAAUCGAGGGUGCGUUUGAGGAUUCCAUGGCUGUGCAUCUGGUCAUGGAGGUUUGUGAAGGGGGUGAGCUUUUUGAUAGGAUUGUGCAGAAGGGUCAUUAUAGUGAGAGACAAGCUGCGACCUUGAUAAAGACUAUUGUUGAGGUGGUUGAGGCUUGUCACUCUCUUGGGGUUAUGCAUAGGGACCUCAAGCCUGAGAAUUUUCUGUUUGAUACGCUUGAUGAGCAUGCUAAGCUUAAAGCUACUGAUUUUGGGUUGUCUGUUUUUUACAAGCCUGGUGAAACCUUUUCUGAUGUUGUUGGGAGCCCAUACUAUGUUGCACCAGAGGUCUUGCGCAAGCUCUAUGGACCUGAAUCAGAUGUGUGGAGUGCCGGGGUCAUUCUGUACAUCUUAUUAAGUGGGGUGCCACCAUUUUGGGCAGAAUCUGAACAGGGGAUCUUCCGGCAGAUUUUACUUGGAAAACUUGAUUUUCAGUCUGAGCCUUGGCCUAGCAUUUCAGACAGUGCCAAGGAUCUAAUUCGGAAAAUGCUUGAUCAAAACCCAAAAACAAGGCUUACAGCACAUGAAGUACUCCGCCACCCGUGGAUUGUUGAUGACAACCUUGCACCUGAUAGACCUCUUGAUUCUGCGGUCUUAUCACGUCUAAAACAAUUCUCAGCAAUGAAUAAACUGAAAAAGAUGGCGUUGCGUGUUAUUGCUGAGAGGCUAUCUGAGGAAGAAAUUGGUGGCCUGAAAGAAUUAUUCAAUAUGAUUGACACAGACAACAGUGGAACCAUAACAUUUGAUGAGUUAAAAGAUGGCUUAAAGCGAGUAGGAUCUGAACUCAUGGAGUCUGAAAUCAAGGAUCUUAUGGAUGCUGCGGAUAUUGAUAACAGCGGGACAAUUGACUAUGGUGAAUUCAUUGCUGCCACUGUUCAUCUAAAUAAGCUGGAGAGAGAGGAAAACCUGGUGUCAGCCUUCUCCUAUUUUGACAAAGAUGGUAGCGGUUACAUAACCCUAGAUGAGAUUCAACAAGCUUGUAAGGACUUUGGUUUAGAUGAUAUCCAUAUUGAUGAAAUGAUCAAGGAAAUCGAUCAAGAUGAUGAUGGACAAAUAGAUUAUGGAGAGUUUGCUGCCAUGAUGAGAAAGGGCAAUGGAGGGAUAGGAAGGAGAACUAUGAGAAACACACUUAAUUUAAGAAAUGCUCUGGAAUUAGUGGGCAAUGUGCCCAAUCAAGUUAUUGAUGGUUUCCUUAAGUAAUGACUUGUAGACAAAAAAUUUGACAAAAGAUAGUCCAAUUUGGUCAAUUUCAGUGCUGUUUUAGCUUUUCACCAAAAUUUGCAUAUCUACUAGUAUAUGGAAAAAAAAACUUUCCAAAAAAGGUAUUUGCACUUUGAUA